CAUCACUUUCGCUUACACAUGGAGAUGACGAAAAACUCAAAAUAGUUGCAGAAAUGGAGAUGACCAUAGCUUUACACACCUCUCUUAUUCCCACUCUUUCUAUCGCGAAUACAAACCCUAACAGGAUCUCAAGUUUUUCUGCUUCUCCCACACUAAAAAACCUAUUCUUUGAACAGUCCCCGCCUUUAAACUUUAUCAUCAGAGCUCAACAUCGCUCGCAUUCGAGGGUUUAUUCUCCAAAAUGCGUUCUAUCCGGAGCUCCACAAACAACAUACACGGAGAAGAAGAGUCAACCGAUAAGGAGAAGUGAUCAUGGGAAGACCACACUGGUUGAUGCCAUAUUGAAGCAAACAAAGAUUUCCACUCCACCAGAAACAGUUGAUGAACAAUUUCUUCUUCCUGAUGAUAUUUGGCCUCAGCUUCUCCAGGUUUCAGUUAAGCUUCAAGAUGUUCUUAUAGGUAAAUCAAUUCAUGGGCACUUUUUGAAAUCUUCUUACCUGAGUAAUGUCUUUUAUUGCAACAAUCUGAUCCACAUGUAUGCCGGGUUAGGUAGAUUAGAGAAUGCACAGCUGAUUUUUGAUGACAUGCUCAAUAAAAAUACAAUUAGUUGGACUUCUCUAAUUAAUGGAUACUGUCAGAUAAAAGAUUUUACAUCUGUCAACAGAAUAGCUCAUGAUAUGCACAUAGACUGUGGAAAUUUUAAUGAGCGCACUUGCUCAGUGAUCUUGAAGGCUUGUGAGUUUCCACACAUGUUGAUGUCGGGACAACAAAUGCACUGCUAUGUAAUAAAACUUGGGUAUUGUGAAAAUGUUUUUGUUGGAACAUCUUUGAUUGGUAUGUACUCAAGAUGUGGGCACAUGGAGGCUGCAGAGAAAUUGUUUGAUACUUUAACUAACAAAGAUGUUCGUUGUCUGAAUAGCAUGAUUUCUGAACUUGGGAAUGUUGGUUAUGGGGAGAAAGCAUUUCGUAUCUUCGCUGACUUGUUGAAUUAUGGGGUGGAACCCAACGAUUAUACAUUCACAAACGUCAUAAGCUCAUCCGCUGGAUAUCUAAUUUCUAAAGAAUGCAAGCAAUUGCAUGGGCUUGCCAUUAAACAUGGUUUAAUGAGCAAAACCUCUGUGGGAAAUGCGAUAGUUUCAAUGUAUAGUAAACAUAGAGCUAUUGGAGAUGCGGAGAAAGCUUUCCAUUUAAUGAAAGUAAAAGAUUUAGUUUCCUGGACUGCUAUUUUGUCAGCAUAUUUAAACAACUCUCUUGCUUACAAAGCUUGUAAUUUGAUCCCUUCAAUGGUUCAAAUGGAAGAGAACUUGGAUUCUAGCUGUUUAUCCUCUAUGCUCGAUGUCUCUUCAGAGUGUAGGGAUUUAAAAUUGGGACUUCAAAUCCAUGGCUUUGUUAUAAAGCUUGGGGCUUUGUGUGAUAUUGAGGUGGAGACUGCUCUAAUAGAUCUAUAUGCUAAAUGUGGGGACCUUGUGUCUGCACUGUUGCUUUUCAAUAAUCUUCCUUUUAUAGCUACUGCAUCUUUCAAUGCAAUUUUAGCUGGAUUUACAGGCAAUGGAAGAAGUUUUGCAGAUGCCUUGUUUUUAUUUAAUAACCUCAGGUUAAAUGGUUUACAACCAGAUUCCAUAACCUUUUCCCGGAUCCUUAGCUUAUGUGCUGAUGAAGCUUGUCUUGAUGAAGGCACCACCAUUCAUGCUUAUUCAAUUAAGACAGGACAUGUAAAUGGGAUUAGUGUUGGCAAUGCUUUAGUUACAAUGUAUGCCAAAUGUGGUGGAAAUAAAGAGUCUCGAAAAAUAUUCGAUUUUAUGGAGCACCAUGACUUAAUAUCAUGGAAUUCUCUGCUUUCUAGUUAUGCACUUCAUGGGCGAAGUGAGAAAGUUAUUUUGCUUUUCAAGGAAAUGAUAGGUCAAGGAUUUGUUCCUGAUGCUGUCACAGUAUUGGUUGUCCUUCAAGCUUGUGCCUAUUCUGGUUUAUGUGAAUAUGGGAUCCAGUUAUUCAAAGAAAUAGAAUCAAAGUAUGGGGUUAUACCUAGAAUUGAACAUUUUGCUUGUUUGGUUGAUAUUAUGGGCCGAGCUAAGCUUUUCUCACAAGCGAUUGAGUUUAUAAGAGAAUGCCCAUUUUCAAAAUCUCAUCUUCUUUGGAGAACUCUAGUUCAUACGUGCAAGCUACAUCGAAAUGUGAUUUUUGGUAAGAUGGCUUCAAAAUGUUUGCUUGAUCUUGCGCCUGAAGAUGCAGGCUCGUACAUGCUUGUGUCAAAUAUGUAUGCUACUUGCGGAAUGUUAGAUGAGGCAUCAAAAGUGAGGACCAUGAUGAAAGACUUAAAUAUAUCUAAAGAGGCUGGUUGCAGCUGGAUUGAGGUUGAUAACAAAACCCAUUGUUUUAAGGCUAGUGAUAGAGAUCACCCAGAAAGCAGUGAAAUUUAUUUGAAACUGGAUUUACUGACAAUUCAGAUGAAACAAAUGCAUGGUGAUGUACCUAUUCAUUUGAUAUGGGAUCGACCCAGCAUGAAUAUAAGGAAUGAAGUUCUACUCCAUAUAUAAAAAUAUCUUGUCUUUCAGUGACCCUUAUAUUUGAUAGAAAAUUUGUCAGAAACUGGAUCCUGGAAAGAUUGGAAGGCAUAAUGCUACUAUGUUCCAACUAAAAAUCAUGCCUUAAUUUGACAGAAGGUUUGUCAGAAACUGGAUCCUCCAAAGAUUGGAAAAUGCUAUAUGUUCCAACUUUCACAAGAAGGGGAGUGAUAUUCGUAUGCCAUUUAAUUAUGAGUGUCAAACUGAAGACAAUCCCAAGGAAGAAGGGAAAAUACUAGCA